AUGACGUCCGCCGCUCCUCCCCCCAACCAGGCUUUUCAGCCCACGAGCAACUCGACAGCGCCCGCCGCGCCCUCGACUCCAAAUAAGAGAGACUUGAAAUCGUGGUGGAAGGGCUUCAAGCUUCCUUCCAAGCACCAGGAUCAUCACGGUAGCGCCCCUUCUACUUUCGCAUCGCAACCUCCUCCCCCAACUCCCACACAACCCCUCUUCAGUGAAGACGUCGACGAGACAAUCGAUACGUCAGCUGCACCUCUCAGUCUCGUCCUGUUGUUGCAGGACGCCCAUCCUGUUGGGUCCAGCGACCCCAUUUUGCCCCAAGUCUGCGCUUCGAGUGAUGCGACAGCCCCCAACACCUCGAACUCAACUCGUCGGCUCAACAGGAUGUCCCUGUCCAUCACCACGCCUGUGCGCCAGUGUGCCAAGCUCAUCCGCGCGGCUGUGAAAACGUCUCCGACUUCAUGUGCUAAAGGUUCUGGAGCAGAUAACCGGCCACACGGUAUUUUCGGCGUUCCUCUCCGUCAGAGCAUCACCUACGCCAAUGUCGCGAUAUCUCUCGUCGACGAGAACGGAAAGAGCUACAUCUAUGGCUACGUACCGAUUGUUGUCGCCAAGUGCGGCGUCUUCUUGAAAGAAAAGGCAACAACGGUGGAGGGUAUUUUCCGACUUAGUGGCUCCGAGAAGCGAAUCAAGGAGCUGAAACAGAUCUUCGACUCACCCGAUCGCUAUGGAAAGGGCCUGGUCUGGGACAACUACACGGUUCACGAUGCUGCCAACGUGCUCCGACGAUAUCUCAACGACCUUCCCGAGCCUGUUGUGCCGUUAGAUCUAUAUGAAAAAUUCAGGGAACCGUUGCGAGGCGCCACAAGGCAAGCUGUGGGCGAUGCCGAAGGCCCGCAAUUUGUCGAAAAUUUUGACGAUCAAGCCGCCAUCGUCAAGUACCAGAAGCUUAUCACGGAGCUUCCGCCGUUGAACCGUCAGCUCCUGCUGUACAUCCUGGAUUUGCUUGCUGUCUUUGCCGCCAAGUCGGAAGAAAACAGGAUGAAUUCGCAGAAUCUAGCAGCCAUUUUCCAGCCCGGGAUGCUGUCGCAUCCGCAGCACGCCAUGGCGCCUGAAGAGUAUCGCUUAAACCAAUGCGUGCUCAUUUUCCUCAUCGAAAAUCAGGACCAUUUCCUGAUUGGCAUGCAGGGCACGGCCACUGACGAGAAGACAAAGCAGCUGAUCGAAAAAGGCACGCCCCCCGCAGCGGGUGGGCCAGUGACUCCUAACCCUAACAGGAAGUCGGGUCUGGGCCGGUCUGCGUCCAAUGCCAGUGCCGGCGCUGACAGUGUAAGAAGAGACGGAAUGCUGAGGAGAAACCGAUCGACAUCUUCGAGGCACUCGCACCAUGAAGGUUCUACGACCCCGAACAGCCCAGCCCUCGCACCGACUCCGAACAGCGGCCUCGGCAGAAGCAACACAGUCCCGUCCAAGAAGUCCCCUGCUCUUCAGACGGGAAGGUUCAGACGUGAUGCUUCACCCAUCCCAGGCUCGUCAACCCGUGAGCCCAUGAUCCCGACAACGACGGAAGAACUAGUUGAAGCACCUGAUCAGUCCCCUGCUGCUUCAAGUAUCUCGCCCGCACCGGCUGCGAUAGGCACCUCCAGCUUGGCACCCACUGUUGCUGGCAACGCAGGUAGAAGCCAGGAGAGGUUGCUUGACCCGAACGAGGCCACGACACCCAUCAAGGAAAGGGUACUGCCGAGCAUAUUCCAAAGAUCUCCCACGGGGGAGGGCGAGAAGCGACAACCGAACAAACUGAAGAAGAAGCGGAUCCCCGGGAGCUUGAACCCGAGCGCGCAAAGCUCGGCCGCAUCCUUGUCCGGUACGCACUCAGCCGCUGUGUCCCCUAGUUUUGAGGCCCCCAACCCUAUGGAUUUGGUGGCCGAUACAAUCCCAGAGCACGAUUCCCUUGCAAUUGGCCAGCAACAUAGUGCGGUUGAUACACCCUCGGAACCCACCCCGCGCGCAUCACAGGUCCCCUCCAGCAACACCUUACACCCCGAGCAGACGCUCAAGGCGAAGAAGUCGCCACCAACAUCACUUCACUCAUCAUUUAACGAAGGUUCUGACGUUGAUCAGACUGAAGAGUCCAUUGUGACGACUUCGGCAGACGCCAGCGAGCCGGAUAAGGAGAAAAAGAGAAGAUGGCGACUUUCACGACAGAGAGGCCACGAACAUCACCCCUCAAUUACCUCUCCGCGUCUGGCCUUCGGAUCCAACGAUAAUGCCGACGUUAGCGUCACGUCAAUUGGCAGUGGUGGAUACAGGCCCCGGAAGAGCUUCACCGGCGAGAGCUCAGAAACUGGCAUGUACACUGCUGAGGCACAAACCAGCCAUGAAUCGCGUGAGAAGGACGGCAAGGACGAAUCCAAGGGCCCCAUCGGUUGGAUUAGGAACAAAUACCGUGAGGCCAAGGAGAGCGCCGAACGAAGGAAUAAAUCGCCCCCAGCGGACCCAAGCGGCCCCGACCCAGAAUGCGUCCGCUCAGCCACCAACAACGCAAACCGCACCUUCUCAACCUCCGCCGCCCCAGCCGACAUCAGCACCAGCGCAACAGGCAUCAUCUCCGCCGGUAACGAGUCCUGUAGCUCCGCCCGCUUCUCAAGCAGCAAGCCCGCCAGCACCAGCUCAACCGGCAAAGUCCCAGUUGGCAGCAGCGUCCCAACCGGAAAUAGCACCGCCAACACAACCGGCACCUGA